AUGGGGGUAUCAACGUCGCCAGACACAUCGUCUCACAUUUUGAAGUACUUUUCUCGUAAGAAGAAGUCGGAACUGUCGCCUACCGAAGAAUUCGGUCACAUCAACUCACCGGCUCCUCCAGAUAGUCGGUGCUCGUUUGUUGUAGCGGUUUCCGAGGAUCGUAAUAGAAAAUGUCGAAAGACUAUGGAAGAUGCUCAUACGUUUAUCUAUAAUUUUGGAGAUAUCUGUGAUAGUGGAUAUUUUGGUUUGUUUGAUGGCCAUGCUGGGUCAGCGUGUGCCGACUUUUGUGCUAAGAGACUCCAUAUUGUCUUGGAUAAUUGGAUUAAACGUAAUGAUAGAGAGACAUUAAGGCAGUUGGAGAAAAAAGAUGUUAGUGGCAAUGACGAUACCAGGAAGCUACGGACAGACUUGACUCCUGCACAUGCUCUUAGCUCGGCAUUUCUUGAAGUUGAUGCUCAAGUAGGUAAAAUGAGUAUGCAAAAUGCCGGAAGUACGGCCGCUGUAGCUGUACUUCGAUGGGAAGAUGUGGCUACCGGAGUUCCUGUUGACUUUCAACCCGCAUUGACUGAUUCCAGCUCGUCAUCACCUUCAUCAUUAUCAGCAUCAUCAUCUCUUUCGUCAACAGCGAGCAAAAUUUCAAAGUUUGUACUGCCAUCAAGACAAGCGAAAAAGAAUGGUAACAGUGGUAAUUCUCUCUCUGUUCCUAUACCAUCAGCAUCUAUUUCAGCAUCAUCAGCAUCAUCAUCUUCUUCUUCUUCAUCUACUACACAUGGAACUUCCCAUGCAGGCACUUCACCUUCAUCUGUUCACAAAAGCAAUAAUCCGGUAGAUACUAGUUCUGGAGGCGUAAGUCCAGGAACUGUUCCUUCAAUAACCAGUGGCUGUACUGCAGCCAUCAACACGAGUUCCACCGCGGCAAGUACGCGCUCAAAAUCCACCUCCUCCUCGUCUUCUAAUCUACCACCUCAACGACGCCGUGUACUUUACGUUGGUAAUGUGGGUGACUCAAGAGUUGUGUUGUGUCGAGCUGGCAGAGCCUACCGGCUAACGUACGACCACAAAGGCUCAGACCCAAGAGAAUCUCGACGUAUUGCCAAUAGUGGGGGAAUUAUGAUGAAUAAUCGUGUUAAUGGAGUACUGGCUGUGACAAGAUCGCUUGGCGAUACGUAUAUGAAAGAUCUUGUCACUGGAGCUCCCUACACAACGGAAACGAUCCUUCAAGAAAAUGACGAAUUUAUGAUUAUUGCAUGCGACGGUCUGUGGGACGUUUGUACAGAUCAAAAGGCUGUUGAUUUAGUACGAGACAUCAAGGACCCCAAAGAAGCGAGUGACCGAUUGGUAGAGUACGCGCUAGAUAGCUUUAGUUCUGACAAUCUCACUGUCAUGGUUGUCCGACUCGACCAGACUGCAUUUGUUAAUCCAAUCUCCACAAAAGAGGCUGUGGAAACUCCAGAAGCUUUAGAGCCUCAAUCGGCUUUGGCUGGUUCGCCACAUGAUACGCAACCAGACAAUAGCCCAGUCUCCACUUUGGAGAGAGAACUUGUGGUUCCUACGCUUUCAGCAGUACCAGUCUCUGCAACAGCGGCCCCGCAGACCGCAGGCUGA